UCACUUCCCUCACCAUGCAAUCCAAUGCAAUCCAAUGCAAGCCUCACUCUCACUUAGCACAGGAUUUACAUUUACACGUUUUUCAUUGCUUAUCUCUCUCUUACCCUUCACUUCACUUCACUUCACUUCACCUCAUUUCAUUCUUCAAGUAUAAUCAGUACAUAUCUAUGACCAGAGGAAGGAGAAGAUCCAUCACUUGAUGAGAAUGAAAAGCUUAUAAAUAAUUAUUUCUUCAUUUGUGUGUCUGCACUUAUUUAUUAAACAAGACUUCAUUCAUUGGCUGUUGUGUCGCACUCUUUCUACUUCCCUUCCAUUGCCCGCGCGCCCGGAAUCCAUUGGUCUUAAUACCCCGAUUCUCUCACCGAAAACCACUCGCUCACUCACUCACUCACUCACUCCCUCACUCACUCACUUACUUACUUACUUACUUACUCACUCACUCACUCCCUCAUCUCACCACAUCACAUCUAGCACGCGCACCUCGUAAGCAUUUCGAUCGCCUGCUUCUCCAUCAGUGUCGCAUAUUUAUAUAUAUAUAUACAUUCAAACUAUUGUAUUUUGCCUCAUUACUCUCUUUGGAAAUCUCAUCUCGCAAACCAUUUUCCUUUCCUCGUCUACAUACAGUACUCCGAGUUGUCAUUUGAACCAUGGUUCACGAUUAAGCGUACGGGUCAUUUGCCCUGCGUAUGCGAAAGUCUUCUUCGACUUCUCUCUCAUUGCUGCGGCUCAUCUCACGUCAAAUAACAUUUUGUCCACUUCCAAGACUUUGAUAUAUUGGUUAUAUCUCCUACAGUUUUCCUCAUAUCUCUCGUCGCAAUGUCGAUGCAUCCAGUCUAUCCCCGUAAUGGGAGUUAUCCACGCCAUUAUUAUCCCUCACCUCCUUCCAUGCAUACUUCAGAUUCCGGAUAUGGUUCUACACGAGGAGAGAUGGCUCCACCAUCAUUAGAUUUUCCACCUCAACCUAUUGAGAUUGAUCUGAGUAAUUCGAGGACCCUUCCAAGUCCUUCCCCUUCUUCUUCGGUUGCUUGGGAGCCAACAUUGUUUCCUUCUCCUCAUGGAUUUCCUGACAUAAAUUCCCCACAUGGACCAAUUUCCAGGAUGCAACAAUUGCCAAUGGAUCGUGCGACAGGCCAGGCUCCAUUACUCCAAUGGUAUGCCGAUAAUGAUGGACCUUGGUACCCCAAGACAAUUUCGGAUCCCAUCUCAGAGGAGAGAACAAAUGUCAAGGUUCGUUCAAAUAAUCGUGCACCCGUUGCUUUCGGAGGGCCGUAUCGUCAACAAGAUCCCUUGGAGAAUGGACCCUUUCACUUUGGUGGCCCACCACAAUCAGAUUCUGGAUAUGAAACCAGAAGGAGCCAUGGAAACGCUUCAAUCUUUAGCUCUGAUAUUAAUGAUCGCGAUCAAGACUGUCAAAGUUUAGCAGGUCAUGUUGCAGACUAUCAGCCUUUUCAGGGGUUGAGUGAGGCAUUGCAAUCUCGCGAGAAUAAGACACCAUGGCCAACACAUCUUCCGGCUUCUAUUAACUCGCCAGGACUGUUCUGUUCGACCUGCCACAAAUUCGUAAAAACAAAAUCUGAGUUGAAGAAGCAUGACUUACGACACAAAAAGCCCUUUGUGUGUAACUAUCCAGGUUGCGGAAGAACUGAGGGAUUUAGUACAACCAACGAUCUAGAUCGACACACCAAGAGCAAACACCCCUUAGCUACGACCUCGAAAUCGGAGUCAAUAAAAAGAUACCGCUGUGUUGUACCCGGGUGUAAGUCCAAGGAUAAAGCAUGGCCACGACUCGAUAACUUCCGUAGUCACUUAAAACGGGUUCAUUCAAACGCCGUUCGAUUGGAAGAGAACUUUGAGGAAAUGAUACGACAGGCUGAAUUUUCCGAACCCUCGGGUUUGCCCCAAAAUGCCCAUGUUUCUGCAGAAGUGUCUCCCCACGAUAUCUCGCAUGACAGGGAAGUUAACGAAUGUUCACCUAAAGCCCAGGACAACGGAAACAAUUGGAAAUCCGUGUAUCCAGACUUGAUCCAGGAUUUAGUCACCUCAAUGGACAAUCCAAUGGAGAAACCUCUCGUCGCGGAUGUGAAUACCAGUGUUACUGCUAUAUCUGGACCGAACAAUCCUCCCUCGGAUUCACAUAAUAAUGAUACCAUUCAACCAUCGGAAUUAUUUCGAAAUCCAUCAGAGGUCAUUAACAAAAUCUUUUUAGAAAGUGAUGCCUCAACCCUAGUGGGUACAAAGAGUGCUUUGGAUCGUAAUCUUGAUCAUGUAAGCCGUCCAUCGGUGGAACGAAAUCCAUUACCACCUGCAGGUAAGGCAACUCGGCAUAGUAGCGUCUCAGCCACUGAUGCAACCAUUACCGAAGCAAUUAGAACCGCAUUGUCAGAGACAAAAAAUCCAUCCAACGUUGGUGCAUUGCCGAUGGGACGGAAAGUUUUGCCUAAUGGGAAAUCUCCCCCCGCUGAUUCCUGGGGAUCCACAACAGAUAAAGCUGCAUGCUUACCAGAUGGAUUCAAUAAGUCUACUUCUUCAACAGAUGAUUCCCUGGACCAGGAAAAAGCCGUUGAGGUUUACAAAACGCUUCAAAAGUUAGGUUACAUUAUUCAAAAGGAUCCAAAUCAUACACCUCGGAUACAAAACCCAGGAUCUGUUGCCAGCAAUAAGAGUGAAAACCAAGUUACCUGUGAGGUUUGUAAAAAGUUCAAAGGAAGACCUUGCGAGUUGAAAAAACAUAUGAAACGGCACGAGAGGCCUUACGGCUGUACUUUCUUGGCCUGCCACAAAACAUUUGGAAGUAAAAAUGAUUGGAAACGACACGAGAACUCGCAACAUUUUCAUCUGGAGACCUGGCGUUGCGACAAUGAGAAGCCCGAAGGUGGAGCAUGUGCGAAAGUCUCUUAUCGUCGCCAAACAUUCCAAGAUCAUUUAAAGAAAGAACAUGCUAUAAUUGACCAAGAUACUGUUAAGAUUAAGGUCGAUACUUGUCGUAUUGGCCGUAAUUGUCAGGCUCGUUUCUGGUGUGGUUUCUGUAAGACGCUUGUUGAUCUUAAGAAGAAGGGUCUUGAUGCCUGGACUGAAAGGUUUGAUCACAUAGAUGACCAUUUCAUGGGGCGCCACAGACUUCAAAAACAAAGCAUUCAGGAUUGGAUUCCAGUUGAUAGUGAUAAACCCAAGGGCGACGUCGCCAGUCCAAAUCCUUUAGGUGGAUCUUCACCUAAAGAUGACCGUCAGGAAUUUUCAACAGAUUCUACCAAUGAUUUUGGUAGAAGCUCACCCGAAUCUGUCGGUAAUAUAGGAGUCUCGUCUGAUUUGGUGGGUCAAGAGCCCAGAAUAACCAAGAAACGAGAACGCAACCACGAUGAGAUUGACAGGCCAGCAAAGUAUACAAAGAUAGGGGAGAUUGUUUACUGUUGUCAUUGUGCAGAUGAUCUCGGACGUACUCUUGCUCUUAGUCCCAAGUGUACUUCCUGCAGUCAUGAUUUUUGCAACGAGUGCAAGAGUGAUUCGAUAGGUAAUUGUGAAGGACAAAAAAUCUGACAUGUUCAUGGAUAUUGAUUGGAGUUUUUUAAUGUGGUAUUGACCACUUUACAUUUGAGAAGGGAUAAUUGUGUAAAACUAAUGGGUCUGCAAUGUAAUUGGGUAGGAAUUUGAAAAACUGGGAGGGAAGAUAUCCAGGGAUUUUUACAUUUGCGUUUGCAAAUUUAACCUUAUGGUAGAAAGAAAAUCUUUUCCAUAAAAUGUAAAGGUUAGCGAGGGGCACAGUAACUCGUAAAUUGAUUAUUUUGGACAUACUAUACCUAUGAUAGUGGG